UUAAGUGUUUGUAAGCUUUUAGUCUUUUAAAAGAAUCUAUUCUUAAUUUUUCUCUCUAGCUUGCUUUUUAGUUCUUGUUUAUGUGCUAGCCUAUGUUUUGUUAUUUUUGUAUUACAAUGAGCCGAAGAGUGUAGGCAGUUGAGUUCAAAAUGGGAGCCCUGCAAAGGGUUAACCAGCAGAGAAUUACAAAUGAACUAUCAGGAAAGUUGAUUAUUAAUCCAGCAAGAGAGAAAAUAUCCUUCCAGUUAGCAAGAAUUAGUACCUGAAGAGCUGAUAAUAUUGUUCGGGCUGUCGGUGUGGAAUGGCAAAACCAGAAGAAUGUCUUCCAAGCAGGCUACCUCUCCAUUUGCAUGUGCAGCUGAUGGAGAGGAAACAAUGACCCAGGACUUAGCAUCACGAGACAAGGAAGAGGGCAACAGUGAUCAGCAUGCGGCCUCUCAUCUGCCUCUACACAACGUAAUGCACAACAAACCUCACUCUGAGGAGCUACCGACUCUGGUCACCACCAUCCAACAGGAUCCCGAGUGGGAUGGAGUCAUCUCAGCCCAGCACAGGAUGGAGUCAGAGAGUAAUAAGUUAUGUUCCCUGUAUUCCUUCCGAAAUACCUCUACCUCACCAAACAAGCCCGACGAAGGAGGCCGUGACCGCAGCGAGCUAAUGACCAGUGUUAAUUUUGGAACGCCGGAGCGCCGCAAGGGAAGCCUAGCAGAUGUGGUGGACACACUGAAGCAGAAGAAACUAGAAGAAAUGACUAGAACUGAGCAAGAAGAUUCAUCAUGUGUGGAAAAGCUACUUUCUAAAGACUGGAAAGAGAAGAUGGAAAAAUUGAACACAAGUGAUCUCCUUGGAGACAUUAAAGGUACACCAGAAAGCCUGGCAGAAAAAGAGCGACAGCUCUCUACUAUGAUCACCCAGCUGAUCAGCUUACGGGAGCAGCUCCUGGCUGCCCAUGAUGAGCAGAAAAAGCUGGCAGCCUCACAAAUUGAAAAGCAACGGCAGCAAAUGGACCUUGCUCGCCAACAGCAAGAACAGAUUGCAAGACAACAGCAGCAACUUCUGCAGCAGCAGCACAAAAUCAAUCUACUGCAGCAGCAAAUUCAGCAGGUUCAGGGUCACAUGCCUCCGCUCAUGAUCCCAAUUUUUCCACACGACCAGCGGACACUGGCAGCGGCUGCUGCAGCCCAGCAGGGAUUCCUCUUCCCCCCAGGAAUAACUUACAAGCCAGGUGAUAACUACCCUGUGCAGUUCAUUCCAUCAACAAUGGCAGCUGCUGCUGCUUCUGGACUCAGCCCUUUACAGCUCCAGCAACUGUAUGCAGCUCAGCUGGCAAGCAUGCAAGUUUCUCCUGGAGCCAAAAUGCCAUCUACUCCACAGCCUCCAAAUACAACAGGGGCACUUUCACCCACUGGGAUGAAAAAUGAGAAGAGAGGGACCAGCCCGGUAACUCAAGUUAAGGAUGAAGCAGCUCAGCCACUGAAUCUCUCAGCCCGACCCAAAACAGCUGAACCUGUCAAAUCCCCAACAUCUCCAACACAGAAUCUCUUCCCAGCCAGCAAAAGCAGUCCAGUGACAGUGACAAACAAGAGUGGCAUCCCCAGCCCGCUCAGUGGAUCUCUGGGAAGAGGAUCCUCUUUAGAUAUCCUUUCCAGUCUUAAUUCACCUGCCCUAUUUGGGGACCAGGAUACAGUAAUGAAAGCCAUUCAGGAGGCUCGAAAAAUGAGAGAGCAAAUCCAAAGGGAACAGCAGCAGCAACAGCAGCCUCAUGGUGUUGAUGGAAAAUUGCCUUCCAUGAAUAACAUGGGUCUAAACAACUGCAGGAACGAAAAGGAAAGAACAAGGUUUGAAAAUUUAGGCCCGCAGUUAACAGGGAAGCCCAAUGAAGACGGAAAAAUUGGCCCUGGUGUCAUUGAUCUUACAAGGCCAGAAGAUGCAGAAGGGAGUAAAGCAGUGAAUGGCUCUGCCGCUAAACUACAGCAGUAUUAUUGUUGGCCAACAGGAGGGGCCACGGUGGCUGAAGCCCGGGUCUACCGGGACUCGCGGGGCCGUGCCAGCAGCGAGCCCCACAUCAAGCGGCCGAUGAACGCCUUCAUGGUCUGGGCCAAGGACGAGCGCCGGAAAAUCCUCCAGGCCUUCCCCGACAUGCACAACUCCAACAUCAGCAAAAUCCUAGGAUCUCGCUGGAAGUCCAUGUCAAAUCAAGAGAAACAACCUUACUACGAAGAGCAGGCACGACUAAGUAAAAUCCACCUAGAAAAGUACCCUAAUUACAAAUACAAGCCUCGACCAAAACGUACCUGCAUUGUGGAUGGGAAGAAACUGCGCAUUGGUGAAUACAAGCAGCUGAUGAGGUCUCGAAGACAAGAGAUGAGGCAGUUUUUUACUGUAGGACAACAGCCUCAGAUUCCGAUCACCACGGGAACAGGAGUUGUCUACCCUGGUGCUAUUACCAUGGCGACCACCACACCGUCCCCUCAGAUGACAUCAGAUUGCUCCAGCACCUCUGCCAGCCCUGAGCCCAGCAUCCCUGUCAUCCAGAGCACUUAUGGUAUGAAGACGGACAGCGGAAGCCUUCCUGGAAACGAAAUGAUAAAUGGAGAGGAUGAAAUAGAAAUGUACGAGGACUAUGAGGAUGAUCCCAAAUCAGACUAUAGUAGUGAAAACGAAGCCCAUGAGGCAGUCAGUGCCAACUGAGGAGUGUUCACAGAAUUAAAGUACUCAGACUCAUUUGGGUUUUUUGGGGGUUUUUUUGAACAAAAGUUCUUAAAGAGCCUGCAUGCAUGUGUGGCUCCUACAGUUACAUCAGCAGAAUGGUCUUAAAUGUUUGUUAUCGUGUGAGACAGAUUGUUUCCCUAAUUUUUCAUGAACUUUUUUUUUUUUUUUUUUUUUUGUUUUGUUUUUGUUUUGUUUUGUUUUUUUAAAUUUAGAUGAAGACAUAAAUAUCAGACAUCAGGACUUGAAAACUUAUAUGAAUCAAUAGCUGUCUUACAAGUCUUACCUUUUGUCUUUUUCCAUUUGGAUGCUGAUAAAGGUUUAAGUUACUGUUUUAGAUGGGGGUUAUACAUUCUCACUCAGGUAUGCUGUGCCAGCCUACAGGUUGUGAAUGUGUUUUUAUUCUGAAUUGUUUUAGAAAACAAAAACUGCAGAUUUCAUAUUGUGAAACAGAACAAGUCCACAAGUGUGCACAGCUGUGCAUCAUAGCUUGUCUUUAAAAAAUAGUCUCUUAAUUCCAUUUUUUUUCCAUAUGUAUAGCUGAACUUCUGAUGUGCCAAACUUUUCAUAAUUUUUGAAUCUUAACAUUUAAACAAAAAGUCUUAAAGGAGACACUGCAAAGUCUUAGACAAUCCUCUGGCAUCUUAAAAAAAAAAAAAAAAAUAUAUAUAUAUAUAUAUAUAACCUAAUUUUUUUCCAGAAUAUGGUAAAGUACUCAGGAAUCUGGAGACAGGAUAUUCUUAAUUAGUGAACAUGGUUGCCAUAGUGCAUGUGCCCAAUUGCUUUUGCCUCUUGAUGUGCCAUUAGUGUGAAAUUUUAAGUAAGCACAAAAGAGCGAUCACCAGCUAUGGACAGGCCUGUCUUAGCAGUGUGAGGCCACCUCUGAUUACAUUCUCUACCCCUUUGCUUUUAACCCUUGCAUUCAGUCUUAACACGUUUUCUCUUAAAUAAUUUAUUCAUUCCAGAAUGUCAAGGGUCCAAAUACUUAAUAUUUAUUUUUAAAAGUACAGUUGGUGGCAUUACACUUACAAUUCCUUAUUGAUAUUUUAAAGAGCCUCUUCUUUCCCCUUCCCUAAAUCACACAGGUAUAUGAAAAUAAAAGUGCACCUGCUACUAAAAUGAACAUGACCUUUAUGAAUGAGAAAUUCACUUGUUCCUCUAACACUGUAUGUUCAAGGAGCACUUGGAAACACUCUGCUAUAUGUAUUGCAAAAUAAAGUGAGUACUUUUAUAUGUACAUAGAGUACAAAUACCCCUAAAAAUGUGUUUAUAGUUAUAAACCUCCACGCUUAGACGAGCAAGGGCAGAUGUAAAAUCCAAACUGCAUUUACAGUCCACCAUGCUGAACUUUUAGGGCCUGAGGAAUCUGUGGCAAAUCAUGGCUCUGUACAUCAUGUUCCUAUUGCCACCUGAAGGAACUGUGCUACCUUAAGUAUUUAUGCAGUGAUUUAUUUGUGAGACUCCAAGUGGGGGAGGGAAGGCCACUUAAAUAUCUAAUUGCAAAGGUGGGAAAAUGGAUCAGCAAAUAUAUUUAUUGUUUAUUUGUCGUGUGGGAAUGUGACUCGUCAAGCGCUUUGGGAUCUUUGGACGUAAGGUGCUGUAGAAACUAAAAUUUGUUUGUAUUGUUUCUAGAAACAAUGCAAUUACUGGAGAAAAUUCAGGGAAAUAUGCGAGAGAGGUAUUCAAAGAUUGUUAAUCUAUUAGAUUUCAAGGACAGAGGAGAAACUUGCUUUAGUUUUUCCCUUCAUAUCCACUCCUGCUCACAAAUAGAUCACUGUAUAUAUAUAUAUGCAGUUCCAAUAGGCCUGAUGAAUAACUGCUGAAGCUCCUCAACUCCCUCAACUUUUAUUUGGAAUUGACUGUGUUCAGCACACGGGUGAUAAAUUCAGGCUUUGGCAGAGGUACCACCGGGCCUAGAGCAGCUCCUCUGGAAGUCUGGGAGCGUCUUCUCACAGAGCUGUGCAGGUUUUUUCUUCGGACAACAAAAGGAGCCUGUGUUAGUGUGGCUGUCCUCAUGCACCCUGCUCUGCAGACACUCCUGUGAGCUGCAGUGGCACGAUGCUCUGUGGAGGACCAGUCGCCCUCCUCACAGCCCCACUGGUGCCUGCUCUGUCAGAAACAGCCAUUUUUGCCACUGUAGGACUGUGUUUCUAUGUCAGAGAACGACCGCCCCAAGACAAGAUUGUUCAAUUUACAGGACAACUUAUAAAGAUAAUGGCAUAGAAACACAAUGGUCAAAUUUCUCUGACCAUUUUGUAAUUUGGAGCAAAAAAAGCUAUAUUUUAAAUAUUUAUUUAAUUAUGUUCUGAGUCCAUGUCUAAUAAGCAAUAAACUGAUCCAGCCAAGUCUUUAAAGGCAUAUGCUGUGUCAUUAGCUGGUGAGCGUCCUCUUUAAGCUGGCUAAGGUACUGAUAGAAAGUGGUUUUGUGUUCUUAAAAUAGCUUGGGAAUUUGAACUGGUUUUAAUACAUUCAGCUCAGAUUGAGGGGAGGACAUCAUUGUUUCCUAAAAAAA